AAUAUAAACUCGCCUUAAGUGGACCUUCCCUCGAGUCGCCGCCUGGGCUGUCGCGCGGCGUCACGUGACCGCCCAGGCAACCGUUGUCCAGUGUUUACUGUUCAGAGCGUUUCGUCGGGACCAUGCAAGUGAGCGGUGGGACCAAAAGCCCUCGAUAAAAGAGAAAAUGUUCAGACAGCCUGAGACGGCCAAGAGGCGUCUGAAUUUGCCGGCAGCGGCGCGCAUCAGGAGCGUGCAGGUGGCGCGGGGCAGGACAGGUUAUGGCUUCACCCUGUCCGGUCAGGCCCCAUGCGUCCUGAGCUGCGUCCUGAAGGGUAGCCCAGCAGAUUACGUUGGCCUGCGGUCCGGGGACCAGAUCCUCAGCGUCAAUGAGAUCAAUGUCUCCAAGGCCUCCCACGAGGACGUGGUGAAACUGAUUGGCAGAUGCUCGGGGGUCCUGCAUCUGGUCAUCGGCGAGUGCAGAGGCCACCUGGAUUCCUGCUCCAGUGACGAGGAACUCGGCUUCCACGAUUCCAAGAACCACUGGGUCAGGCCAAAGGUCGACUCGAAGACCCUGGGCAUCAACAGGGCUGAGAGGGUCGUCGCUGAGAUGCAGUCUGGGGGCAUCUUCAGCAUGAUCUUCGAGAAUUCCAGCGCUUCUUCCAGCAGCUCCGAAAAGGCGGCGGCUCCGAAGCCAAGGCCUCUAUCCGAACCGGACUGCUCCUACAGGGGACGGAGUAGCUGCUCGAAGAGCAACCCGGACCUGCUGUCUGAGGAGGAGAUGGCCAAGGUGCUGAACGACGACUCUGUGUUCGUGGACAUGUUCGAGAAUCAGGACGACUUUGCGCUGGACGCCAGCAUCCUGAACGUGGGGAUGGUGGUCGGCUACCUAGGCUCCAUCGAGCUGGCCUCGGCCAGUGCGAACCUGGAGAACGACAGUCUCCAGGCCAUCCGUGGCUGCAUGCGACGGCUGCGAGCCGAGCAGAAGAUCCACUCGCUGGUCAUGAUGAAGGUCAUGCAUGACUGCGUCCAGCUGUGCAACGAGAAGGGCGCCACCCUGGCCACGUACCCAGCCGAGAAGCUGGCGUUCAGCGCUGUGUGUCCUGAUGACAGGAGGUUUUUCGGGCUGGUCACCAUGCAGGUCACGGAGAAUCAUGGCCUAUCCAGGGAGGAGGAGAGCAGCCUCAGGACCUCCUGCCAUGUCUUCAUCGUGGACCCCGAGCUGUGUCAUCACAAGGUCCACCAGGGUGUUGCCAGGCGCUUCGGCUUUGAAUGCACGCCCGAUCCGGACACCAACGGCUGCCUGGAGUUCCCGCCGACCUCGCAGCCCCUCCUGCAGUUCGUCUCUGUGCUCUACCGGGACAUGGGUGAGUCCAUUGAAGGCAUGCGGGCCCGGGCCUUCCUGGACGGGGACGUGGACGGCCAGCAGAACAACAGCACCAGCAGCAACAGCGACAGUGGCAUCGGCAACUUCCUGCCGGAAGAGAAGAACAACAGGGUGCUUCUCGUCGACCUCGGCGGCGCACCUGCCAGGCACGUUCCCAGCGGCCUGUGGGAGAACCCUCCGGCUCGAACCCAGCCAGCCGUGCACCGGAAUGGUUACCGCUUUGAGCAUGAGGGCAAGUACCACCUCUCGGAUCUGCCCCACCCAGAACACUCUCAGCUUUCUGGCCGCCAUCUAGGCUCCUCGGGAAGGAUGGAGGGGCCGGCCCCGCCCCCCCGGGCUCAUUACCAGCAUGCCAAGAAGGUGGGCGUGGCUGGAGCAGCGCACAGCGCUGGCCAGCGCUGGCUCCCCGUCCACGUCCUGAGAGAGCGGCAGCGGGGCGCCAGCAGCGACCAGGAGUCUUACGCCGAGUCCACCGACGGCUGGUCCAGCGCGAACUGCAGCACCCUGCCGCCGCCCAUGAGCAAAAUUCCGGCAGACCGGUACCGGGCAGCCGGGGAAAUAGCCCAGCCCUCCCGGCUUGCCGCACAGAAGGACGAGUGGGCGAAGAAGCUGUUCGGGGCAGACAGGGCAUUCAGGGAUCGGCAGAACGGCAAGCGUGGAAAAGAUGCGGAAAAGAAAGAAAAGGGUUCGAGCUUUGGUGGCCCCCACCUGGGUCUCCCGCAGCUGCCUCAGCGCUCAUCCUCCAAGCGCCCCCUAGGUCGCAGCCGACGCCUCAGCCUGGCGCGCUCCCUGGACGACCUGGAGUCUGCUGCUCUCUCCGAUGGAGAGCUGAACAGCGCCGACCUGCAGGGCUGCGGCAGCGAGAACAGCUUGAGCAGCAAUGCCAGCCUGCCGAGCGUGCAGAGCCACCGGCGGCACACCGAGCGCCGCGUCCCCAGCUGGGCCGUCUGCUUCGAGCGUCUGCUCGCCGACCCCGUGGGCGUGCGGUACUUCUCCGAGUUUCUAAAGAAGGAGUUCAGCGAGGAGAACAUUCUGUUCUGGCAGGCCUGCGAGUUCUUCAGCCAUGUGCCAGAAAAUGACAAGAAGCAGCUGUCCCAGCGAGCCCGCGAGAUCUACAACAGCUUCCUGUCCAGCAAGGCCACCACGCCAGUCAACAUUGACAGCCAGGCCCAGCUGGCGGACGACAUCCUCAACGCCCCACGCCCUGACAUGUUCAAAGAGCAGCAGCUGCAGAUCUUCAACCUAAUGAAGUUCGACAGCUACACACGCUUCCUCAAGUCCUUCCUGUACCAAGAGUGCAUGCUGGCCGAGGUGGAGGGCCGACCCCUCCCCGACCCCUACCAAAUCCCCAGCAGCCCCACGUCCAAGCACAGCACCAGUUCCGACCGCUCCAACCUGUCCACGCCCAAGAAGGAUGAGAAGAGGACCAAGGCGGGUCGGCCGGCCAACGACGACAGCCGAGAGGACCAUGGCGAUAAGAAGAAGGGGCUCUUCUUCUCCUGGUCCCGCAAUCGGAGUUUCGGGAAAGGGCCCAAGAAGAGGGAGCUGACGGAUUACAGCUACAAUUUCACCGGCGGCAACGCCAGACGGGAAUCGCAGGGCUCGUUGUCGUCCGGCGCCAGUGUGGAGCUGGGCACUGGCAGUUCUGGGGGCAAGGCCGAGGCCGACGCCUCUCGCGGCUCGGCAUCCGUACAGCAGUGCAAUGUCAACCUGCCGGACGGCACCUGCUGCACCGUGCAAGUUCGGCCCGGCACGUCUGUCAGGGAGGUGCUGCAGGACCUCUGCGAGAAGCUGUCCAUUAACCUGGCUGCAGUGGACCUCUUUCUGGUGGGGGGCCAAAAGCCGUUGGUCCUGGACCAAGACUGCAUGACCCUGAGUUCCCGAGACCUGCGCUUAGAGAAACGCACUUUGUUCAGACUGGACCUUGUACCCAUUAACCGGUCAGUUGGCUUGAAGGCCAAACCCACCAAGCCGGUCACGGAAGUCCUGCGGCCGGUCGUCGCCAAGUACGGCCUCCAGCUGAACGACUUGGUGGCCAAAAUCAGUGGCGAGAGGGAGCCCCUGGAUCUGGGCCUGCCCAUCUCCAACCUGGAUGGACUGCGUGUGGUGCUGGAUGUAGCAGACCACACCGCUGUAAAAGCAGAUAAACAGAAGCCCAUCCCAUCGAAGAGCCACAUGGCGCCCAAAGGUCAAGCAGCAGGAGGAGAUGAGAAAGCGGCAGGGAAGCCCAGCUCUGUGAGGGCCCUGCGCGGGGAGGCACGUCCUGAGAGAAAGCAGAAACAGAUUAAUAUAGAUGAAGCUGAAGAGUUCUUCGAGCUCAUUUCCAAAGCUCAGAGCCACCGGGCCGACGACCAGCGGGGCCUCCUGAACAAGAAGGACCUGGUGCUGCCGGACUUUCUGCGCCUGGUGCCGGAGCCUGCCUGCUCCACUCCGCGGCGGGGCCCCGAAAACGGCGCCGCCGGGGCCCACAGGGCCGCCCUCAACGCCAGCCACCAAUCCCAGAGCCUGGACUCCCCGUUCGUCCGCGGUGACGCCCCGGACCCCCCCACUGGCCAGAGAUCCCCUGUGCCCCCUGCCGGUCCCUGGCCCGGGGCCACGUUCUCACCUCCCCUCUCGCCCAUCCCCCACACUGCGGACUGCAAGGCCCCACCCUGGGCCCGUGAUGUCAUCCAGACGGUGGAGGGCGAGCACGUGGCGGACUUGACUCUCGUAGGAGAGGGGGACAUCACCAGCCCUAACAGCACGCUGCUGCCUCCCUCCCCCCGCGCCCGCCCCGCGCCGGGCCGGUUCCGGAAGGCGGCCCCCGCGACCCCCGCGAGCCCCUCGCCCCGCCAUGACACUGAGGAAAGCUUUGCGGACGUCCGCUCGAGCUCAGGUAUUUCUGGAGUGUGAUGUAUCUCUCUGUGUGCUCAGUGCAUCGCUGAGGACUCUGUCGACCCCGGAGACCAGUGCCAACCAUCACAGCCCCAAAUGCUUACUUAAUGCACUUUAUUCUGUAUAAAAAAGCGAGCCUUUUAUGUAUUUUUGCCCAAGUAAUCCUGAUGGUGACUAAUUUCAAAUUAAGAAGCGGUGGAGAGUAAAAAAAAAAGGGGGCAAGUAAAAGAUGUUGUUGGCAGAGUGCCCCCCGCCCCCCCCCCGCCUGCUGUGACCCUGUCUUGGAUCCAGCUUCUCUCACAAGAGACCCUGACUCCCGGCCGUUCUCACGAUGCUCUCUGGGGAAUGGAAGGUGACGCAGGAGCCCAGACCCACCACUGGCCGUCGGUGCUGUAUAUAGUGAUAAUUCCGAUGCCCCCCCCCCCCCAAGAUGCCCCCCGGCACAGCAAAGCCGGACCCAGAGACCCGUCGGGUGCAUCCUUUUGAAGCCCCCACACCUGACGAUGCUUUGAUCACGCCCGCUCUAAGUUCCUGCACCUUUUGUCUCCUCUUUGAAAAACGUGUUUUUUCCCACCCCUGAGCCCCCUCCCCAUUCUGUCUGCCAGUGAAAUGCAAUUCAACAAUGUCCGUGAGCUGGCCCGCUCUCCGCCGCGGUGCGUCCACUCCGAAACCCAACAUGGACCCCAGAUAAAGCCCGUUUCCCACUCCUGUUUUACGUAUGCAAUUCCGUAAUAUAUUAAUAAGAUCUCAGAUUAUUUAUCUUUGUCAUUUUUGUUACUGUGUGACUUUCACAGAGUGACAUGUACUGUUAAUGUACAUAUAGUCGUCCUCAAAGUGCCAUUGUUGAAUUGCAGCCCCCUUAGCUUCCCUUAGAUUCUUCCUGUCCUGAGUAGAUGCCUUUUUGUAGAUAACUGUUCUGGUUAAUUCUGUACCUUUGUGUGAUUAGAUCUAAUAAAUGUUAGAGUGAAA